AUGUCGAAACCAAGAUUCUUAACAGAUUUAGAAAGAGCCAAAGUAUUGGAAUUUCAAGACAUGAUUCACUAUAGUCCCAGAUACAGUGAUGAUUCUUACGAGUAUAGGCAUGUCAUGUUACCAAAGAAUAUGUUGAAAGCAAUUCCUCAAGAUUACUUUAACGCAGAAACCGGCACUUUAAGAAUAUUGACGGAAGAAGAAUGGAGAGGGUUAGGAAUCACUCAAUCAUUAGGUUGGGCUCAUUAUGAAACACAUGCUCCAGAACCUCAUAUAUUAUUAUUCAAAAGACCCUUAAAUCCCGGGCAAUAA